GUGACCAAACGGAGGGAGGAGGGAGGGGGAAACGGCGUAUGCUUGUAUACAACCCUGAUUUCCAUUUUUUUCCCAACUCGUAAUGUAUUUAAUUCAAGUGAAACGUAAUCAUGACGUGUCGUGUCAUUAAUCUCCUCGCCGCCUCUCCCAAAACUAAAGGAGGAGGCUGCCACAGAAGUGUGUCCCCCAUCAGCCGAGACACUGAAGAAUGGCAUAACAUCACACACACUGCUGAGGAUGGAUUCUCCGCCAGAGUGUGUGUUGUCUCUUUCUUGUGAGCAGCCCCAGUCCCCCCCAACACUGCCAUCCCUGGACCACAGCCCCCAGGCCUCCUCUCCUCACACCCUGCUCUCUCUACCUGACAGCCCUGUUGUCCUGCCAAUUCACAGCCCAGAACCUUCCCCUCAGAGUCUGGACACCACGCCUUAUUUCCCUCUCUCUCCCUUCCCCCUCCACGAGGAAAAUAACAAUCACCACGAUGUCGAUGAAGAAGAUGAUGAGGAAGGACUGGAUGGAGUGCCUCCGUCCCCAACCCCGGCUGUGGCCCUGUUCCCAGGAGGAGGGGGACAAGAGGCCGGAUGCAGCCCUUGUUUGGACUCCUCUCCACCGGCCACGCCAUCAGCGCCAGUCCUCGGGUUUGGAGCGCUGGAGCUGGCCCUCUCAUCGGGGCAGAGUGGAAACUGCAACGACGAGCUAGACCUCCAGCUGUUCCAGAAGGAUACCGUUACCAGGGCGAUACCUGGAGUGGGAGGGGCCUCAUCAGGGCCUGCGCUCAGGUUUCCGUGUCAUGUUUGUGGGAAGAGAUUCCGAUUCCAAAGCAUUUUGUCUCUUCAUGCCCGAGCUCACAGUCUGGACCGAGACCGCCGAGCGUCAGCCCUGUACCGGACUGGACUCCCCUCAGCACCCCUAAAGCAGCACCUCAAAAUCCAACAGAACCACAAAGACUUAGCCCAGAAUCACAGAAGUCACCCAAAUCAGCGUCUACUGCCAGGGACUCUCAUCCAACAUCUCACAGAAGAAGAGGAUGUUGAUGGUGAGGACAAAGGUCUAGAUGACGGCCUACAGACAGACCAGAACCCGAACUUUUUGCUGGAGGACAGCACACCAUUGACCCCUCCACUUACAGAGGACCCUGUUUCUGUGACCUCUCCUUAUUCUUCUACCAUUGUGGAGGGUGCGUCUACUCCCAUAGCGCCUACGUUUCGCUGCCAUGCCUGCAAAGGAAAAUUCCGCACAGCUUUGGAGUUGGCGCGCCACGUCCGCAUUCUCCACAAUCCGUAUAAAUGCACUCUUUGUCCCUUCUCUGCCAGCCAAGAAGAGAGCCUGGCAUCUCACUUGCAGGAGUGCCACCCUUCCCCUGAGGUACCUGCUCUGCCACCGGCCUUCAAUUCCAGGCCAGUCAUUGCAACCCCUGACACUCCAGUGCCCACACCGACCCAUACCCCAGCCCCAACCCCAAGUACCCCACAGGUGACAUCAGCCUCUGCAGUGGCUGCAUCUUCCUCGCUGCCAGCAUUUCGCUGCGAUACUUGCGGACAGCGGUUUACCCAGUCUUGGUUCCUGAAGGGACACAUGCGAAAGCACAAGGACUCCUUGGACCAUAAGUGCCAGGUAUGCGGCCGUGGCUUCAAGGAACCUUGGUUUCUGAAAAACCACAUGAAAGUACAUCUUAACAAGCUCGGGCUGAAGGCCGGGCUGGGAGCCCUCGGGGGACCAGGUGCUGAGCAGCAGGCCAAAGGCUCCUCUACUAAUCAGUCUCUCAAUGCCCUCUACUCAAGCCUCCUUCUGGCCCAGCGAGGAGGUGGCAGAGGUGGACAAGGAAGAUCAGAGAGGGAAACUGGGGGCAGAAUUGGGCUGGGCUCUAGCAAGUCAGCCAUCCUGGGCUACCUGGGAUUGCCCAGUGAUGGCAGUGGGGCCAGCUGCAUGGAGAGACUUCAAGCAGUGGCUCAGGUAGCAGAGAUGGGAAACAGUGGCGGUGGCAGCAUUGGCGGCUCAGGAGGAGGGGGAGCAACCAGAGGAGGUGGCGCAGGUGAAACUACAGCAUCAGUUUCAGAAGGAGGGGACCAGGCAACAUGGUGGCAGCUGGUGGCUCGCAGUCUGGCAGUAGCUCAGCAGCAGCAGCAGCAGAGGCCCCACCAGCGAGGCCAGCAGCAAGGCCAGCGAGGCCCAGGUCGGAGCUCAGUGAUCACAGAGGCCGACCAAGUCAGAGCCUACCUUGGAGGCCUGGAUCCAAGAGAAGAUUCUGGAGGAGCUGGAGGGCCAUGGGAAUGCCCAGACUGUGGAAAGCUGUUCCGCAGCCUGCAGCAGGUGGUGGUUCACGCUCGCGUUCACACUCAGAGGCCCCAGAAAGGAGGUGGCGCCGAAGAGGAGGGGAGUGUUAGUCGUAGAGGAGCGGGACUAGGAAGAGGAGGCAGCGGCGAAGCGAGACAGGAAUCUCAGCUACACGGUGGUGGAUCCCAACAAACAGGAGAAGUGAGACAGGAAUCAAAACUGCACAGUGGUGGAUCACAACAGGCGGGAGCAGGGUUUCACUCUGUCAUCUCAAGCUUCAAAGGAGAAAAUGGCUUGACAGCAGUCUCCUCCAUACCUUCAGUUCCCACCAGGGAGCGAGUGCGUGGUAGAGGGAUAAAAGACUGCCCCUACUGUGGUAAAGCCUUUCGCUCUUCACACCAUCUCAAAGUACACCUGAGAGUUCACACAGGUGAGAGACCCUACAAAUGUCCCCACUGUGACUAUGCGGGUACCCAGUCGGGCUCGCUGAAGUAUCACCUCCAGCGGCACCACAGGGAGCAACGCAACGCCUUGGCAGCCUCCUCCAACUCCUCCUCCACCGGUCUCACCUCCACUAUCAACAGUCUGACCUCUGGAACCUCUGGGCUGGCCAAGCAGCGCCGAUCCCAACUCAACCACUGCCCGGUCAACCGAGGCCAAACCGACAGCCCCACCUCUCGGCCCAGCCAGCAGUCUUGGCUCCUGGGGCUUCCAGACCAGCGGGAGCAUCGGAAGGCCUUGGCGGCCCUAAGGGAUGUCGACUUGGAGACCCAGUACAGGUAUCUGUCUGGAGUGAUGGGGGCCCUUUACCAAGGUGGAAUGGAAGGGGGCUGGAUCAGAGAGUCUCCUCCACCGAAGGCCCCUAAAGUAUCCCGUCGUAAGCCCCUUACUACCAGCCGAAUGGUUCAGCCGUCAAGUGACAAGGAAGGGUCUGCGCCUUUAACUCAAGAAGGUGGGUUUGAACCACUGGAUCUGUCCCGUCGCCCCUCACCCGGUCUGGGAGGGAUGGAGGAGGAUUCGAGUGUGAGCGUAGGGGAAGGAGGAGGUGUCAGUGGUGGGGAUGGUGGAGGGGAUAGUUCGUCAGGGGUCAAACUGAGCCAGUGUUUGUUCUGCCCUUUCCGUACGUCCUCAGCAGAGCUGAUGGCCAUGCAUCUCCAGGUCAACCACACCAGUAAGUCCAGGCGCAAGAGAGGCUCUUCGACACUCUUGGAUGACGGAGCCCCGAAGGCAACUAAGCCCCAGACGGAUCACUCUGACCUCGACUCUCUGACGAUAUGGAGGCAUGUGAGCGAGACAGAGUCCCAGGCACCCCUGGGGCAUUGGUCCUCAACUAAGGCCAAGAACCUGAACGGGCUCUCUGAGGAUACAGCAGAACAUCUGGACAACAUCCUCGACCACCCAGACUCCAGCGUGGCCUCAGUAUCCAACCAUGUAAGAGAUGGUCUGGCACUCAAGGGAAAGAUGGAAGGGGAUGAGGAAGAGCAUGAGGAGGAGUUGGAAGAGAAUGUGGAGAACAGCAGUCUGGAGGAUACAACAGACCAGGAUCUGAGGAUGUCCCUCGCUCUGUCACCAGCCCUGAGCUCCAACCACAUGCUGGGAGAGGAGGAAAGAGUCUUAACAGAUUAACAGGCUUUUGGAUGACACCAUUUAAAUUGGAGAGCUAGGUUCGAUGUUUCAGCUACACUUGACACAGAACUGAGGAAGGGGGCUGGUAGCUUUGCUGAGAGAAAUGGGGCUUAAGGUCAAACUAAUAUUUGCCCCUUUAUACUUUCAUUUCUGGAUUAGAGGAUCCACGACUCCUAAGGUUUUGAAAAGGAUGGAGAGAAAAACCACUGCUGUUACGUUCCCUCCGAUAUUAUUCGUCUACUUCAGUUCUGACAGUGUGGUCGUCCGCAAAAUAAACUUCCUGCACGAAAGAGCGUAGACGCAGCUUUGCAGGAUUGUAUAGGCCACUUUUCCCUUUUUUUCUUUCAAGCUUCACUCCAAGGUGGAUGAUUUUUAAGAUGACCUCCUAUUUGAUAAAUGAAAGACACACGUAUAAGAUCUUUGGCAGAUCCUGCAUCAUUCCACAAGCAUUUACUCGACACUAAUAAAGGACUGUAUAUCCCAGACUGCUAUACUGACCAAGUCGAAGCCAGCUGUGAAGAGAUGCUCUCCUGACCGACCAGUGAACAGUUUGAAACCUCAAACUUGAAGUUCCUCCUCAGCCAACGCGGAUUAGGAGGAAAGUUUAGUCUAGAAGAGUUUCAAGCUGCGAACCUCAGCUAAGCUAUUCUGUAUUAAUUUAAGGCAUGAGGUAGCUGUUGCGGGCUGCUGCAGGUGCUUUCCCUCAACUAUAUAUCACUGCCUUGUUUGUCUGAAAAGUGUUUCUAGACGAUUGUCCUAAAGAAAAACAGAAAGAAAAGUUUGUAACAUUUUUCUCUUUUUCAGUUAGUGCCUGUUCAUGUAUGUUGUCGAGAGAGUCUCCGGUAUUCCUUUUUGCAUCGAGGCUCUUAUAGGUCAUUCAUUUUAUCUGAAUAUACAGUUUAAAACAAUUUAAGUACAGUAUAUUUGUUAAAAGUGGUUCUAGGGUGUUGUGAAUAGUUGUAAAAGAGAUGCUACAUUGCAGCGUGAUGUCCUCGACGGCGGCCGUUCGCGGCUCAGCUUGAAACAAAACUUUAAAAAAAACCUAAAAAAAAUAAGCUGAUAUAAAUAAUGUAUAAUGCGAUGAAAGAGGUCAAAGGCUGAGCGAUGAAAAGUGGUCGCGGUUCAAAAUUCAGUGUUUACAAUGGCGCCGGAUGCGAGUUCGGUUGCCAAGGCAGCGUAGAUGCGUGGCAAAGAACAAAAAAACAGAGCGGGCUGCAGGGACGUCGCUCGAGCCCCCCGAACACAAUCAACCGACACCUUUUUAAAGAGACAGAGACUUAGCAACUGUGUCAGAAAAGGAGCAAUUUUGUUUUCUUUUGUCCGUAGGAGAGAAGACACAAGGUAGAGAAGGCAGAAGAAAGCAGUAUCCCUGCCAAACAGGACUAAAUCUGAGAAACAAGCCGUACUCUCGGGGUACGGCGUCUUUUAGAUGAGUAGAUUCCCUCUCUUCUUCUUUUUUUAUAAGAAAAGAAAAGACAAUGGUAGGAGUAAUUAUUAAAACACUAACAAAUGCAUAGACAUCCCAGUAGAAUAUGUGUAGCUUUUGUAAAGACAAGGAAAAAAAAACGCAGACUUUUGUUUAUUUUCAUUUCAAGAUGCUUACAGAAAAAGGUUAUCAAUAUAGGUAAUAUUGAUUAUAAUGUUUGUGAGCUAAGACUAGUUGGAAUGUCUAUACAGAGCACUGUGCAAGGUUUGAGUUCCCAAAGUAGUUGUUUUUCCGUUGACUUUAUCGAUAGACCAAACGUUUUUCAAUGGAAGUCGUCACUUUCUGUUGUCGUUUCAAACGUGUGAAGCUGCGGAUUCAGUAGAUUUACCCCAUCGAUCAGUGACAUCAGUCGAUGGCGUCCAACCGCUGCACUGGUUGUCAAAGAAAGUUCAAAUUCAAAGUGCGUCCUCCUCAUGUAAAUGUCGAACGGUGGCUACAAAUUGAAAACAAUCAGUCUCUUCUCAUGAAUUCUUGUGUUUUUGGAAGCAUGUUUAGGGAAAUAAAUAUGAGGCGAUCUUACUCCCUUGUUAACAACCACUAUUUAUCUACUUGUUGAUGGGGUAUUCUAUGAUUGCAGCCGCACCUUAAUGUGCAUUAAUGUGUUUAAGUUCUUUUUUAGAGCACCUUAUGAGUUUUGUAGUGAAAGUCCCUUAGUGGUGUCUCCUUAACAACUACUGUCAAUGCCAUCGUGCCUUCUGUUUCAAGCACUUCCUGGUGUAUUUUGUAAAACUCACCAAAAGCACUUAGCCUAUAUCGACACACACUCUCUCUAUUCCUCUCUGUCCCUGUCUUCCCACAUCCCUCCUUCCUCUACCCUCCUCCAUCACCUCAGCCCAUUUACCUAAUCUGUUUCUCGUGUCUUUACCUCCUGACCCCUCUCUUCUGGGGGAAGCUGUUUUCAUACCGGAUUUCCAUCCUACUCCUCAGGCCUGCUGGGCCUUAAACAAGGCCUCUAGGCCUUAUUACAAUCUAGCAUGGCUAGACUCUUGAAAGAACGGACUACCUAACCUUUAGACGAGUAAAAAUCAUUAUAGAUGUAGGGUUAGACUACUUUUGGUCUUAAUACUAACCCUUGGUAAACCAAAGCCCAGGUCUAAGUCUAAUGAAUAUUAUAUUUAAUCUUAUAAGGUGCCAAAACAUGUCCGAGGCGACACUAAAUAUCAUCUUGAGAAAGCUAAAUAAUUCAAGUCCUCUCUCUUUUCUCAUCCUCUCUUUCCUCACCCAUCCCUCCCUCCCUCUCUGCCACGCUUGCUCUUCCUCCAUCUCCCCCCCACUCGUCCGUAAACUGUCUCUCUCUAGCACCACUUGAAGGUGACGUGUACUAUCUGGUAUUGAGGCCUUUAUUAGAUUUUUAUUUCAGUUUGUGUGGUGUUUGUUCAAUGCCGUUGAGAUGGAAAAAUGCUCUUCUUAUAAUGAUAAUUAUUAUUGUUUUGGCAUUAUCGUUAAAAAAAACAACAAGCAAAAAAAAAAAAAACAAGAGAAAUGUGUUGUUGAAUGUUGUACAGAUAGCACUAGAGAUGUUGUGUUUUUUAAAGAGAGCACAAACCUGAGCGAUGGUCCCUUCUACUCCUCCCACCGGCAGAUGGGAAUAAAACAGCCUGCCAGUCAGCCUGCACGUCUAAUGACAGAAUUUUCCUCGCUGACGACAGAAUUUUCAAAAUAAACCUUUUGUCUAAGUUCUUUCCUGGAGAUUUGAAUGUAAGAAAAAAAAAGCAGCCUUUGACUUAGACUCCAUUCCUAAAUUUAUUGCACAUAAAAAAAAAAAACUUACUAAAAGCAGCACUUGAGCCCACACUUGUACUCUUUUGGAGGUUUAGCUUGAUUUCA